CCCUACAAAUCCAAACAGGCCCUUAAAUUACGCAUAAAAAAAAAUAGGGCAUCUUUUGCACGCUACGAUGCUAUCUUUGGUCGGUGGGAGCUCCGUUCUCUUCAGGGUUCCAAUUGCGAUGGGGUCAUCGACCAAGUUGUGGUCGAAAUGUUCCUCUUCCGUUGCUCGUUGCUCUACUCUUGAACCCCCUGAUGUCGCCAAACUCGCUGAAACCGCCCGCAUUAAUCUCGCCCCCAGAGAGGUUGAGGAUUUCGCACCAAAAAUCAAUCAAGUAAUUGACUGGUUUGGACAACUUCAAGCCGUUGACCUUCAGAGCAUAGAACCUUCACUUCGAUCUGAUACCGAACUUAGUACAAACCCGAGGGAGGAUAUUCCAGAACCAUUCACAAACAGGGAAGCAAUUUUGGCAGAGAUACCAAGCUUUUCUGACCCUUAUAUUAAAGUCCCUAAAGUCCUGAACAAGGAGUGAGCUGGCAGUUCUGGUGUUCAAAUGAAUUCAGUUAUUUGUAACACUGAACUUCCUGGUCAUUUUUAUAAUCCUCUGCAUGAGCUUCGUUAUUAUAUUCUGUUCAACUUAUCAUUCGUUUGAGCAUUUGAUAAAUCCAGAUCAAUCUCUUUUCCAACAGUUCUAUCUUCGCUAUUUAAACGUUAAUUCUGAAAAUAGACGACUGCUAUGAGAUUAAAUUUCCGUUGCUCAA